AUGGCUACUUCGAAGGCAGUAAUGUCUUCUUUGACCCACUUGCGUCCGCUAACAUGCGCCGCUUCGGCAUCAGCAUCACGACUAGUGCCGCAGCCACCUGACCUGAUAAAGUGGGUAACGAGAGAAGGUGGGUUCGUGCACCGUGCUGUGAAGAUAGCACAACAUGACUCCAAUGGUUUUGGUCUGGGACUAGUCGCUAAGGAAGAAAUCCCAAGGGGCAGUGACCUUAUUGUUCUCCCUCACCACCUUCCCUUGCACUUUACCUCUCAAGACUCUCUCUUACUUGAAUUGGCGCGCCAAAUUCCUGAGGAACUAUGGGCGAUGAAACUGGGUCUGAAGCUUCUGCAAGAAAGAGCAAAAGUUGGAUCAUUUUGGUGGCCAUAUAUCGGCAAUCUCCCAGAAACAUACAGUGUGCCUAUCUUCUUUCCUGGGGAAGACAUAAAGAACUUGCAGUACGCUCCUCUUCUUCACCAGGUAAACAAAAGAUGCCGGUUUCUUCUUGAUUUUGAUCGAGAAGUCAAGCGUGCCUUAGUCAGUCUUACACCAGAUAAGCAUCCUUUUGGUGACCAAGAAGUAGAUGCAUCUUCUAUCGGAUGGGCGAUGUCAGCAGUCUCAUCUAGAGCAUUCCGGUUAUAUGGUAACAAGCAUCCAAAUGGGGUACACACCGACAUACCCAUGAUGCUCCCUCUAAUUGAUAUGUGCAAUCAUAGUUUCAAUCCCAAUGCUAGAAUUGUUCAGGAACAAGAUACUGAUAGCAUGAAGAUGCAAGUGAAGGUUGUGGCUGAGACAGCAAUUAAAGAAAAUGAUCCUUUAUUACUCUGCUAUGGCUGUUUAAGCAAUGAUCUUUUCCUUCUUGAUUACGGAUUUGUGAUACACUCAAACCCAUAUGACUGUAUUGAGCUCAAAUAUGAUGGUGCUCUUUUGGAUGCUGCAAGCAUGGCAGCUGGAGUUUCUUCACCAAGCUUCUCGUCACCUGCUCCAUGGCAGGAACUGAUCUUAUCUCAGUUAAAUCUGGCUGGAGAAGCUCCAGAUCUCAAGGUGAGCUUAGGUGGUCAAGAAAUAGUAGAGGGCCGCUUGUUGGCUGCAUUGAGAGUACUCCUAGCAAGUAAUAUGGAAACUGUACAGAAGUAUGACCUCGACACACUCAAGUCUUUAGAUGCUGAGGCUCCUCUUGGUGUUGCAAAUGACAUAGCUGUAUUUCGUACCCUAAUUGCUGUGUGUGUCAUUGCACUGGAACACUUUCCAACCAAAAUAAUGGAUGAUGAAUCACUGUUGAAGCAGGGUGCUUCUGGUUCAACCGAGUUAGCCAUUCAGUUCAGAAUCCAAAAGAAAUCUGUGAUUAUAGAUGUAAUGAGAAAUCUCUCAAGGAGGGUAAAGCUUCUCUCAUCAAAGGAAACAGCGACUGCCGAAUGCUAAGUGAUAGUGAACACUUUGUGAUUGAGAGUAUCUUGUUCCUUUCCCCACCGCCUACAUCUUCCUUUUCCUUCUUCUUUCAUUUUUCUUUUAAAAAUGGAUUUCAUUUUCUCCCUUUAAUAUUCUCUUGCCUCUUUACUAUCCUCUUGCUUUAUUUAGCAUCCUGCAUGUGUUUCCGUGGUUUGGCCAUCUUUUACUGAACUAUUAGAAUCUACUAUUAACUAUAAUUAUGUUU